AUGGCGGUAUUCGCGGUUCGUCACGCCGCCGCUGCCGGCGAAAACGCUCAUUUGCUAAAAAAAUCCCCUUUCGGAAAGGCUCGCCGCGCUACUUGUACCGCCGCGCCGCCCGAAGCCGCUCUUUUCGCCCUCCGUCUCGCGGUCCUCCUCCUCGUACUGUCAUCGGCCUCUCGCUUCCCCACGUCUGCGGCUGCAGCGCCAGCGGCGGCGGCGGCGGCGGCGGCGGUCCCGGUGCUUACAGUCCCGAUGAACGUGUCCGCCGGUGAGGGAUUGCUGCAUUCCGAGUCUCUGCUCUGCUGCAUCUUGGGAUGCGGUCCUACGCUGUCUCUGGUUCUCGCCCUUCCGCUGCUACCCUUCUCGGGCCAUACGCUCAUGCCUGUGCGACCCCCCUCCCCUCCCCUCCCCUCCCCUUCCCCUCCCUCACCUUCCCUCCCCUCCUCUUCCCUGCCCUCCUUCGUCUUCCCCGUCUUUCCCUCUUCUCCCCCUUCCUCCCACUUCCUCCAGUCCCCGUGCUGCUGCAGCUGCAGAACACGCUCGAGCUCGUGCAAUACAACUGGGCGGGCUUUUGAGACGUCUCAAAUGCCCGUGCUGCUGCAGCUGCAGAACACGCUCGAGCUCGUACAGUACAACUGGGCGGGCGCGGGGGACUGCGCGCUCGCCGCGGAACGGGGGGAGGCGGAAUCCGGGGAAGAAACGGCGGGGGAACCGGGGGGAGCGACGGGUGCGGCAGCGGCGGUGGGUGGGGCGGCGGAGCCGUUGUUCCCCCUGCGGGGGAAGGCUGCUGCGGGGGGAGUGGGGCGCGCGGGGUGGGCGGGGGUGGCGUGUGACGCGCGGGGGAACCCCGUCCGCAUGGAGUUCCCCCAACAGGGCCUCACGGGGUAUCUGCCUCUUGACGUCUCCAAGCUGACGUCACUCACCAAGAUGGACCUCUCUUCCAAUUUCCUCUUUGGCGGGAUCCAGCCGUCCAUCACCGCCGCCUUUCCACGCCUCACAGCACUACUGCUAUCAAGCAACCGCCUCACGGGCCGAGUUCCAUCACGCCUCCCGCCUCUCCUCUCCAUCCUCUCCCUCUCCUCCAACUACCUCUCAGGCUCCCUCCCCCGCACCUCCCUCCUCUGCUCCCCCGCCUCCUUUUCUCUCAACUGCUUCUCCAAAGAAGACCUUUUCUCCUGCUUCGCCUCCCGAACCAGCCAUCCAGGCUCGGCCGGGCCUCGCUUAGGCUCGGCUGUGCCGGACCUGGCGUCUCUUGUGGAGCAGCAGCGGCCGGAGCAGCAGUGUGGGGAGGCGCUGUGUGGGGGAACGAGCGGGCGGGGGGAGUACUGCGAAGGGAAUGGAGUUUGCCGCCCGAUGAUCCUCAGUCCGGCACUCAAGUACGGCGAUGUGCUGCCGUGGAUGUGUGCGUGCCACGACGGGGAAGUGGGUCGUUGCGGUCCCCAGUUGCUUCGCAAGCGCUGCCCAUCCAUCUCCCCUUGCCCGAAGCACGCAGUGUGCAUCCCCUUCGUGCCUUCCCCGCUGGGUUACCAGUGCCACAUCAUCGCCAAAAACGACUGGUGUUGUUUGUGUGAUCGGGAAUCAUGGCUCGGGUCUAUGUUGGCAAGCAAGGCUGGCGUGUCGAGCUUUCACGUGCCUCUGGCGGAGGUGGAGGUGGUCCAGUCCCUGUGCGAAGGGGAGGUGACGACAUGCGAUGCUACGAGUGCGGCGAACCCGGUCAUUUCGCCCGCGAGUGUCGCAUGCGUGUCGGAGGAGGAGGCGGAGGUGGAGGUGGAGCGCGUGGUCGCAGCCCUCCGCGCUAUCGCCGAAGCCCGGAUUACGGUCGCGAGAGGGACGAUUCCCCCCGGCGCAGGAGCCCGUCUCCCCGCCGCCGGAGCCCGUCCCCCGGUCGUCGCCGGAGCCCCUCCCCCGCCCGUCGCCGGAGCCCUUCCCCGGACAGGCGCCGCGGAAGCCGAUCUCCCCCGCGCGUCCGCAGCCCUGCUCCUGGGUCCCCGCGUCGUGACGAGUGAGUGCUCGCGAGCUUCAGAGAACCGUUUAUCGGCCCAGUUUUCUUUCUAUGGCGGCCGCCGCUACGCCCUCCCCGUUCCCCUCUUCACUUCUUUCUCCCUCUUUUCUAUUCCUUAUUGCCCUCUUCUUCCCCGCCCUUCCCCCCCACCCACCCAUUCCCCCCCUUUCCCCCUCCUCUCCCCCUCCUUCCCCUCCCACGCUUGCGUCUCCAUUCCGUCUCGUUUCUCGCCUUCAAGCCCCCUGCGCAAACGUCUUGUCCCUCACCCUUCCACUCUCCCUUGUACUCUCCAUAUCUACCUGCCACCUUGA